CGUGGUUGCGUCUGCGGCUGGCGUUCGUGUCGUUCGCAUAAGUGACGAUAGUCCCCUGCGGUUGUCGUCGAUGAGCACGGUCGUUUACGCGUCGGCGGCAAGGGAGACAACAUCGAAACGUGAGCGUUGGGAAAGGCAGACGACCAUCGUCAGUGCGUGGCUCCCAAGAUAUUGCACAGCCACCGACGCUGUGAUCUUGCGUGUGGCGGUGUUUGUGGAGUCCAGUGUGAAUCUCGUGAUGUCAUCGGAAGCGGCGUCUGGGAUGGACGUUGACGGCAUGGCACGACGUGGUGGUUUGACGAUGGCGGAGAGGACGGCUAUUGCUGCGGUGGUUAAUGCCGUCCUCUUCCGCUGCCAGAUGGCGAGCAAUAACGCGAACUUCAAAGCGAAUGUUAGUGCACGGCGCAAGCUCAUGGUGCUUCCGACGACUGGGCAGUGCUUGGAUGUGGCUGCCAUUUCCGACGGGGUGCUGGAGGUCUGCCACGCGAUGGGGUGCGGGGGGUUUCCAUGGGCGACUCCACGGUGGUGGGUGAAGCGGCGAACCGGCGGCAUGUGGGAGGAUAUGCGGCAAUGUGAUGACGCCACCGAUGAUUACUUCAAGGAGAAGCUUCGAAUGUCGCCUCGUGUUUUCCGCGAGAUCGCGGAGACUCUUUCCCCACUCCUUGAACGCCGUGUGACGUUUUACAGGGUGCCUUUGCAGCCAGACCACAUCAUUGCGUAUGCACUGUACAGGUGGGCGACGGGGGAGACGUAUGACAGCGGGACGUGUUCGCAGAAGGCAGUCGUGUUGCGCGGCUUCACGGACAAGGGGUUUCCAAACUGCCAUGGGUGCAUCAACUGCACACAUAUCUACAUCAACAAACCCGCGAACGCCAACGGUGAGGACUACUGCGACAGGAGACUUCGAUCCUCCGUGCAGGCGCAAGUGGUGGUCGACAUGAACUUGUGUGUGCUGGACGUGUUCGUCGGUUAUCCGGGGAGUGUGCAUGACAUGAGGAUGCUGAACCUGUCGAGUUUGUGGGUGCGCGCGGAGUCAGGACAACUUUUCACUGACCCGCAUGUGAUGCUGCCUUUCGGUGUGCGGACUAAUGGCUACUUGCUCGGCGACAAUGGUUAUCCGCAGUCGGAAUGGAUAGUCGUCCCUUACGGCGGUCUCGCGCAACACCCGACGGAGGCACGCUUCGACAACAAACAGAAGACGGCCAGGGGAGCAGUGGAGAGGGCGUUUGGUAGACUGAAGCGGAUGUGGAGGUUGUUCCUCCGCACCCACAAGUGCAACAUGGACAGCUUGCCGCAACAAUUCAUCGCCGUCUGCAUCCUCCACAACAUACUCAUCGACGUCGGCGUCCCGUUUGACGACAAUCUGUUGUGGGAAGUGGGUCCAGACGGCGUGCGUCAUAGAGUGGAUUUGGGGAUGCAUCAGCCAUUGAGGCCAGUGUGCAUGGACUCUACGACGGGGGAUGCGCUGGUAUUGAGGGACGCGUUGGCGGAGCGGAUGAUUGUGCAGUGAGGUUGGUCGUGUUCGCAGUUGGAGACCCCGCCAUGAAUGGAACGAGUCUGAGGGACGAAGCUGUAAGAAGC